GUUGGAAGUUGGGAGAAGGUAAAAUGGAAUCAAAUUUUACCUCGGAAUUUUGGAUUAUAAGCAGAGCUCACGAGGAAAGUGGAAAACAUUGGAAGAACACAGGCUGGACAUUCUGAGUAGUUGUCAUGUUGGAAGCUGGUUCCUCCGUGAGUGAAGUCGUCGUUCGAACGAGUGGCCGAAAAUCUCGCCCCAAAAUUUGGGCUUUCCCCCUCCAUUGGUAUAAAUUGCAUGAGGAGUACUCCAGAACGACUGCGACAGAAUCCACACUGGUACUGGACAACGUCUCCCAGUCCCCUGCCUCCCUCACGGUGAGGGAAGGAGAGACUAUUAACCUGACGUGUACCUUAUCAACAACAGCGAACGUAGAGGAGAUGAGGUUCAUCUGGAAGUGGGGAACGUCUUCAACCACUUGCUCUGCAACGGCUGAUGAGUCCAUAUUGUGGCAGUGCAACCAGGUUCCUGAUCCAAGAGUCCUUGUCACAACUGAUCUUCAAACUAAAUCCUCAGAGUUCAGAAUCACCCGAGCUCUCCUGAACUACAGUGGAACUUAUAAGUGUGAAGUUGUAAUCAUCUCUCCUCUGCCAAUUUUGGAAUUCUAUGGAAGUGACUCAGUGGUGCUGGUUGAAGAGUCCCCGCUGACGGUGUCCCAGUUCCCCUCCCUUCUCCCGGUGGCGGAAGGAGAAGACGCCAGGCUGACCUGCGUCCUCCAACAGGCAGCCGCGGACGUGAGGAACCUCAGCUUCACCUGGGUCACGGACAGAGCCGAGGUGUCCUGCCCCGUUGUGGCCUCUGGGCGGGAAUCCAAUCGAUGCGACGGUCUGGACCCAAGAGUCUCUGUGGCGGCUCAUAUCCUGAAUAAAUCCUCCAUCUUAACCAUCAAGGAAGCUUCUGUCACGGACAACGGUACCUACAGGUGUCAGGUUACAUUCCUCAAUCCGCCCAGGAACCAAACGAUGGCUGUUGGAGACGGCUCAGUGGUUCUGGUCCUCGAGAGAACUUACCCACAUCCUGCCCUGUACGUGCCACUGGCUGUGGUUUCAGCAAUUCUGCUCAGCUUUCUACUGCCCUUACUGGCCUGUUUCUUGGUGAAGAAAAGUCACGAAGGAUCUCCUCAGCAAAUGCACGGUCUGGGACGAGCAGCUGGUAAUCCUGUCCCUGCCCCCUCUGGUGACCGGAGAGGGAACAGACAGAUCAGUGAGUAUGAGCAGGAGAGCCCUCGAAUUGAAGAGUACCCGCCAGUGUAUGUAUCGGCACAAUUCUGACAGUACUGGGGCCAGGGUGUACUCAAGAGUCGGGCACUUCAUAGACAUCUGGCUCCAAAUGUGGCUGUUGAAGAACUUUGAUAAAGAUGGACAAACACAUCAUACAGGGUGAAGAUACCUCUGAUGUCCUCAAUCUCCCAAUGGCCCUCAAAGUUUAUUAUUACAACUGAAGCAAAGUAACAGCCUGUCAGCUCCACAGAAAUCUCCAUCCAAGAGUAUUGAUCUGAGUGUCACUGGCAAGGCCAGCACUUAUUGCCUAUCCCCAACUGUCCUGUGGGACAGUGGGCACAAGCCGCUUUCUUGAACUGCUGUGGUCCUGGUGAAGGUGCUGUUGGGGAGGGAGUUCCAGGAUUUAGACCCAGUGACAGUGAAGGAACGGCAAUACGUUCGGGGUGGUGUGCCUGGUGGGGGGAGGUGGUGGGUUUGCAAGGUACAGUUGGAGCAGCCUGGGUGAGUAUUUUGUAGACGGUCCACCGUGGUGGAGGGAGUCAAUGUUUAAGGUGGUGGAUGGAGUCCCAAUAAAGCGGGCUGCUUCGUCCUGGAUGGUGUUGAGGUUCCUGAGUGCUUUUGGAACAGCGGGGAGUGACUGAGAGACACAGAUACCCCCCUGUGGAGAGUAAUCUGCGGUUCGACACAGGGGGAGAGAACUCCCUGUUCUUCCAGUUUGUUCCUGGGCCACUUACGACCCUCGGAGAAAGUGGAUGUGUUCCUGGGAGGGGCGGACAUUGACACAAAGCCGGGGGAGCCACCCACGACCCCUCUUACUCGAGCACAGUGAUCCCAACACCCGUCAACCAGUCGCCGGCCAUCUCGAGGCAGGAGAGGCCAGGGGAGGAACAAAGUUGGGGAGGAGUGUCAGGAGACCGGAAUGGUAAUCUGACAGGAUUUAUAAUAAAGCUAUUUUGU